AACCCAUUUUUGAUAUUUUUUUUUUCCCCUGUUGGCUGUGAUUUUUAAAAUUAUUUUGUUAUUUAAACAUUAACAUAUGAUCCUUAAAUGGACACCUAUAUGUACUUUUUGACCUUAUAUCAAAUAUGCACACAGUCUAAGCCUAUCACUGGAGCCGCAUCACUGGAGCCACAGCGCCAAUCCAUCUGUCCAUCUCCUGCUCCCCUCUCCCCUCACUCGUGAACAAGACCCCAAGAUACUUAAACUCCUUAACAUGGGGCAGAAACUCGUCCCAGAACCAGAGUGGGCACUCCUGCAUUUUCUGACUGAGCACCAUGGCCUAAGACUUGGAGGUGCUGAUUCUAAUUCCUGACGCGUCACACUUGGUUGUGAACCGCUCCAUUGUGAGCUGCAAACGAAAAGAUUGUGCCACAGAAAGACUAGAAAAAAUCAUUUAGACUAUAUGACCAAAAACACAAACACAAAUGUUAGUUAAAAAAAAAGGUCUGCAAGGUGUUGCCUCAGCAGAUGGAUCUGCAUAUUUGAUUUGGGACUGGUUUAAUGGUACAACAGCAGUAAUCUUUAGCCACAGAUUCACAUUUCCGCGAUUGAGUAUUUUCAGCAGUAAGUCAGUGUGUGUUUAAAUUUACAUUGAAUCAAUUUCCUUAUUUCUUUAAAGGUGACAGUGCAUGUUAAUGAAUACAUCAGUGUAAAUAUGCCAGUUAGCCAAAAGGCUACCCUUCAUCUGUCGCCCCUGGCAGGUCAGACAAAAUCUAUAAACACGAAAUUUAACACACCAUCAGACAAUGUAGAACGAUCUAGUCCAGACCACAAAAACAUAAAAUUACAACAUGAAAUGUCAUAGUACAAUAAAACAAUAAAUAUAAAACAUACAACAAUAAAGAUAACACAUAUUAAUAUAAAAUUAAUAAUCACUAAUCAAAUUCCUCUUUAGCCAUUGUUUGAGAUGAGUUUUAAAUGUGUUGAAGGUAGUACAUUCUCUUAUUACAGCUGGAAUAUCACUCCAAAUCUCACUACCUGUAACUGAUAAUAACUGUUUGCUGAGCGUUAUGUCUAAAAGGUAUUGCACAAUCACCUCUAGUAGAGGAUCAGGUUUGUUUUCCACUGAUAAUGGAUUUUAACAUGACUGAUCAAUGAUUGUGGAGCACGUCCAUGUUGGAUCUUAUAAAUACAACGAGCAAACUUCAAUGUUUUAAAAUGUUCAAAACUUAAGAUAUUAUAUUUCUGAAGUACGACGGAAGGAAAAAGUUACAUUAUUUCAUAGUUUAAAAAAAUCCAAUUUCAUAUGAUCAAAUUUAUGUCAAAAAAUCUAAAUUUUAUUCCCUCCUAUGUCAUGUGUGAGUACUGUACUGUAAAUGUCAUGGAUAUCAGAUGACACUGAUAACCUAAUGCUAAUUGCAAUAACUAUGCAGAGGUCUCUAGGCCUCGACUUUUAUGGAGCAUGUGAAGUUUGGGGCAGAGUGGACAAAGAAAGUUUCUCAGCAGGUUCAACAGGUUGCUACAACACAGGCCGAUGAAGUAUUGCACUCACUCAUCCAAAGUGGCAAACAUGUAACGUACACCCUAAGACUGAUGCUGCUUUUUACUCCUUAGUUAUGAUUUAAUCUGAUAUUCUGUAGCCUUGGAGACAGUUUGCAUAGAUUAGAAUGUUAGAUUCCUGUGAUGUCAUCGAUGCCCAUGUUUUGUUUUAAUGUCUUGUGAUAGUUCUAACUGCAUACAAAGUCAGAGUUCAAGUGAGUUUAGUACAAAGAGUACAAUUUUGAACCAGUUCCUGACAUGUCGUCAAAAUCUUGGCUGACCUUUACCACACCACGUGCUGUGGGUGUGCGUAAAUAUCUAGACCGCCACACUGAGCCCUGGUUCCUCAGGAUAGAGGACAGGACGUCAGAUGGGCGAAUCAAGAGCUCCAAACGAAAAGAUUGUGCCACAGAAAGACUGGAAAAAGCUUCCAAAAGAAGCAAGGACAGCAAAAGUCCAACCCCAGGCCUCAGCCAUCUUGUCUUGGAGAAGUCUGCUUUCAGAAAGAAGAGCAGCAAACGAAAGUCAAGCAGCGAUGGAACAAAACAACCACGCAGUAAAAAGAGCAAGACAUCAAGCUCACAGGAGGAGGCCAGCUGCUCCGUCUUUGAGGCAGAUACACCUUUGCCCAGCGCAUACAAAAGUCACAGUAUAGAGGACUUUGAAGAAAAAUACAAAGAGCAGGAUAAGCUGGGUGAAGGAGGCUUUGGGACUGUCUUCUUUGGAAAACGCAGAGAAGACAAUUUCCCAGUGGUGAUUAAGCAUGUUGCUCAUGUUUUAGUCAGCUACCUACCAGUGCUUCUUAAUGGUGAAAUGACCAAGAUUCCCAAGGAGGUGGCAUUGCUAAUAAAAGUGGGGGCAGGACCAGAGGCUACAAGCAGCAAUGUGACCCCCAUUUUAAUCGACUGGUAUGACUUGGAAGACGAACUCAUUAUGGUCUUUGAAAGGCCAAAAGAAAACAUAGACUUGGAAGCCUACCUGGCAAACAGAAGAACCUUUGUGCACGAGAGGGAGGUUAAGGUCAUAAUGAGACAGCUGGUACAUGCAGCCGCUGAAAUGCAAUCCAAGGGUGUCUUCCAUCGAGACAUUAAGCCAGACAAUAUUGUGUGUGACACAUCGCCUGAUCAUCCAGCAUUUCAAUGUGUCAGAUUCAUCGAUUUUGGCAUUGGAGUCACUUUUACACCAGAAGCAAUCACACGAAGAAAUGGGACCAAAUCACCUGCUCCAAACUGGCAGGACUUUAAUGCCACCACAGCAGACUGCGUCACAGUUUUGCAGCUGGGUACGGUGAUGGAUUGGCUGGUACGUCACAUCAUCCCUGAUGACAACAACACAUCUGAGAUGCGCACUGACAUUUCAGAGGAUUGCAAGUGUUUUCUGUUGGGUUGUUACUGUCAGAGCCAUGAAGACCGUCUCACCCUAGAGGAAGUUCAGAAUCAUCCCUGGCUCAAAUGACGUACUGAUGCCAAGGCCCGCCCCUCUGGAAGCACCCCACAAGAGCAAGUGGACCAUGAGAUUGCAGUGGAACUUCCACCCGGUCUUUAGUCUUGUUGCCAUUGUAUUUUCCAUACAUUUCCCACCCACCCCCAGCAAUCCGUGGAAAGGGGAUCUCUCUCUGAAUUGCCUUUCCCGAGGUUUCUUCUCAAGUUUUUGAGGAGUUUUUCCUCGUCUUCUUAGAGAGCUUGUGCUGGGUUAAAAACUGUUGCUACUAUUAGCCUGAGUUAUGAAUACAGUUGUGGCCUAAUGUUUUGUCAGUGGUACAAAAUUUGCUUUUGCGCACUUUGCCACUUCAGUCUGUAUUUAGAGCCACAACUGUAUACACAACAGACCGAACAUGCUCAGCUUUGCCAAAGCUAGCAGGAAUUGGAGUUUAAUUUGAUCAAUUAAUUAUUUAUGAAUCAAUUUAACAAACAAAUGGGCAAAUGUAAAGAAAUGUAUCAAUCAGGGAAUUAGUAGCAACAUUAAUUGGACAAUCUAAAUUUAUUGGUUGAUUAUUAAAUGAAUCUGGAUAACUCA